AUGUUCCGCUCUUCCAUCAAGGCAGCCUCUUCGCUGAGUGCUCGCCGCCAAUGGCAACAGCUCGCCCAUCCAUCCAUCUGCGCUCGAUGCCUCCUCCACACGACUCCAUCCAAAGGCGCCACACCCGUCGCUCAUCCCACAGUACCUGGUCCGCCGCCAAAAGCACCGCAACCCGCCGCAACAUCUCCCGACGAACGGAUAGCGAGGAAGCGAGCGCUAGCAGAUCAUAUCCGGCAAAGCGAACAGACCAAAGUCAACCCAGCAAAACCCGGAUCCGCCUUGCAGAAGCGAUUUUGGAAGAAUGUACACGUGAAAGAGGAUGGCGAUGGUGGACUACAAGUACUCCUUGAUACAAGGCCUGUGCGGACAGCGGAUCGACGGAUCUUGACACUCCCGUAUCGCAAACGUGCGCUUGCGGCGGCCAUUGCAUUAGAGUGGGAGCAGCUAGUGUCCGCGCAACAGGCUCUUAAGCAACACUAUGUCCCGAUGACAUCGCUCACAUCACGGGCCAUUGACAUUCAAGAAGCGGACAAAACAGGCGAGACAAAGGUGCGAGAGCAAGUUGUCCAGAUGGUUUUGCGAUAUCUCAGCACCGAUACGCUGCUCUGCUGGGCGCCGGAGGUGAAUAUACACGAGAACUUCUCCAUGCAAUACGAAGGGCCCAAGAAGAACCUUCGACAAAGGCAAAAGGAGGCUGCUGAGCCUAUCAUUGCCUUCUUGACCACGCAUGUCUUUCCCGGCGUCGACAUCGUGCCCGUGCUGGGAGCAGACAGCAUUAUGCCGGUCCCUCAGCCACCCGAGACGCUGAAUGUCAUUCGCAGCUGGGUUUCUGAUCUUGCGCCGUAUGAGCUGGCAGCGUUGGAACGAGGUGUGCUGGCGACGAAAAGUUUGCUCGUGGCCGUGAGGUUAUUAGUGGAAUGGAGCCAGGAGUGGAAUCAUUUGCAAUCAGUGAAGAAGGAGAAGUUCGGCAUAGAUGAAGCGAUUCAUGCGGCGACGAUAGAGGUCAAGCACCAGACGGAGCAGUGGGGCGAGGUCGAAGAUACCCAUGAUGUCGAAAAGGAGGAUUUGAAGAGGCAGCUGGGAAGUGCCAUUCUGCUUGUCAGCUAG